CGGUGAGCGAGGUCUUUGCCGUGUUGCCGGCUGGUUCCUGCUCGUUACAAAACUGAGGCGCUGCGGAAGCGCAGCCGGCUGGACUCCAUGGCCUUCAUUUGGAAGAGGCGGCAGGAGCAGCAGCUCUACUCCAAGGAGAGGUUUUCCUUGCUACUCCUUAAUCUGGAGGAAUACUUCUUCGAACAGCAUUCAGCUACUCACAUUUGUAACAAGGUUGGCAAAGGAAAAAGGAAACUCAGAGGGUCAUUAAAAAUCUGCUCAAAAUCCGUGAUAUUUGAACCUGAUGAAAUAACCCACCCGAUUAUUAAGAUCCUGUUGAGAGACUGUAUUAAAAUAGAAGCCCCAGAAGAUGAUGAAAGAAAUGAUACUUUCACAGGGGAUAACCCCGAACAGAUUUCUAUUUUAUCCAGUCAGGCUUUUCUCACUAAAGAGCAAAACAUCAUUGCACCCUUUAAAACGGAAAGAGGUCAAAAUCAAUACAUAUUUCAACUGGAUGUUGCUGGGAAAACUGAAGAUGUUGUUCAUACCCUCCAUCAGCUGUACAGGGCAUCUCGCUUGGACAAGCUGGGGGACCAGGCUGCUAUGAUAACAGCUAUACUGCAAUCACGUUUGGCCAGGGCAUCAUUUGAUAAGAACAGAUUUCAGAAUGUUUCGGAAACGUUGCAUAUGGAAUGUAAAGCUGAAAUGGUCACUCCGUUGGUGACGAAUCCAGGCCAUUUAUGCAUCACUGAUGCAAACCUGUAUUUCCAGCCUCUUAAUGGCUACCCUAAGCCUGUGGUUCAAGUGAUGCUACAUAAUGUUAGGCGCAUCUAUAAAAGAAGACAUGGCCUGUUGCCCUUGGGUCUGGAAGUAUUUUGCACUGAGAAUGAUCUCUGUUCGGAUAUCUAUUUGAAGUUCUACAACCCUCAAGACCGAGAUAAUGUCUAUUUCUACGUGGCAACAUAUUUAGAGAACCAUGUUACAGAGCAUACACCAGAGAGUUACAUGUUACAGUGGCAACGAGGGCAUAUUUCAAACUACCAGUACCUUCUUCAUCUCAACAAUCUGGCUGAUCGCAGCUGCAAUGACCUGUCCCAGUAUCCUGUAUUUCCGUGGAUCAUAGCUGACUAUUCUAGUUCAGAACUGGACUUGACAAAGCCUGAAACGUUUCGUGACCUCAGUAAGCCAGUAGGAGCGCUAAAUAAAGAAAGGCUGGAAAGAUUAUUGGCCCGUUAUCAGGAAAUGCCAGAACCAAAGUUUAUGUAUGGCAGCCACUAUUCUUCGCCGGGUUAUGUGCUGUUUUAUCUUGUCAGAGUGGCACCAGAAUACAUGCUUUGUUUACAAAACGGCAAGUUUGAUCAUCCUGACAGAAUGUUCAACAGUAUUGCAGAAACCUGGAAGAAUUGCUUAGAUGGGGCAACAGACUUCAAAGAGUUGAUUCCUGAAUUCUAUGAAAAUGAUUCCAGUUUCCUGCUAAAUAAUCUGAAACUGAACUUGGGGAAGACGCAAGCAGGAAAGAUAGUUGACAAUGUAGAACUACCUCCUUGGGCAUCAGGUGCGGAUGAUUUCCUUCAGAAGAGCCAAGAUGCUUUAGAAAGCCAGUAUGUGUCGGAACACCUCCAUGAAUGGAUUGACUUAGUAUUUGGCUAUAAGCAGAAGGGAAGGGAAGCUGUUGAAGCUCAGAAUGUAUUUCAUCCGUUAACCUAUGAAGGAGGAGUAGAUUUGAACAGAAUUAUGGAUCCGAAUGACCGUGUAGCUCUGCUGACACAAAUCUUGGAAUUCGGGCAGACUCCAAAACAGUUGUUCACAAUCCCUCAUCCUCGGAGGAUCAUUCCAAAGAUUAAAAGCUUGUCUCGAGCAUCUAGUCGCAGCCUUUCUGUGGCGGAAUCUCCAGUCUCUCCAGGUGAAGAAUCUUUUGAAGAUCUGACAGAGGAAAGCCUUACGCUUGCCUGGAACAACAUGGCCAGAUUAAAGUUAGACGGGCAGCACAGGAUUCACAAAGGGGCAAUCACUGGAAUUGCUGUGCCUUCCAGUUCUAACCAGUCUUCCAUAUUUACCACAUCUCAAGAUUCAACCUUGAAGAUGUUUUCCACAGAAUCAAAAAUGCUCCAGAGGAGUAUGUCCUUCUCGAAUAUGGCUUUGUCGUCUUGUUUAAUCCUACCAGGUGAUUCCACUGUCGUAUGUUCUUCAUGGGACAACAAUAUUUAUUUCUAUUCAAUAGCCUUUGGAAGACAACAGGACACCUUAAUAGGCCACGAUGAUGCUGUCAGCAAGAUUUGCUGGCACAACGAUCGUUUGUAUUCUGCAUCUUGGGAUUCAACUGUAAAAGUGUGGCGUUGCAUUCCUGCAGAGUUAUUGGGCACUAAGAAACGUUUUGAAUUACUUGCUGAAUUGGAACAUGAUGUUAGUGUAAAUACAAUCAACUUGAACGAUGCAUAUACACUGCUAGCAUCAGGAACAAAAGAAGGAAUCAUUAGUAUCUGGGAUGUUACUACAGCCACUGUGAUGCAUCAACUUGAGUGCCAUUCAGGGACUGUCUCUGAUGCUGCUUUUAGUCCUGAUAGCCGACACCUACUAAGCAUAGGAGAAGAUGGCUACUUUAAAGUUACAGAUGUGCAAACUGGGAUGCUGAUCUCUUCUAUGGCCUCAGAGCAGCCUCAAAGAUGUUUCAAGUGGGAUGGCAAUACUGUCUUAUCAGGAAGUCAGUCAGGAGAAUUGUUCGUUUGGGAUAUAGUUGGAGGGAAACUAGUGCAAAGAAUCUCAGGACAUACAGGUGCUGUGACUUGUAUGUGGAUGAAUGACCAAUGUAGCACUAUAAUCACUGGAGGGGAAGACAGACAAAUCAUUUUCUGGAAACAGCAGUACUAAGUGCCUUCCCCCUCAAACACAUCCAAGAUAUUUUAAACCAAACUUUUAAAAGGACCUUACUCAAAUGUAACAAUGCCUGCUGUAGCUCAGAUAAGGAGUAUCGGUUGCCUCCAGCUGAAAACUCACAUUACAGUGUCCCACAGUAUGCACUUAUUUGUUUAUGGAUGUAAUUUCAGCUUGGAAUGUUUGCCUAAAUAAAGACGUAUUUUUAUGUAACAGAA